AUGCCCACUCUUUCUGUCUUCGAAGAUGUGCCCUUCGCCCAGAAGCUGGAGGGCAGCUUGUUAAAGGUCUACAAACAGGAUGAGCACCCGAAAAAAAUAUUUCUGUCCUUUCGAGUCUGCCUCACAGAGCAAGGCCUCCCCUGGGUCUCUCCCGUGGUACCCAAGAUCCGACAGCAGCUGUCACGAGAUCCAUCCCUCAACUACGAGUACUUGCCUGAGAUGGGCAUGAAGUCAUUCAUCCACGCCUCCCUGAGUCUCCUCUUUGGAAAGUACAGCUCGGUCAUCAAGGAGAAUAGGGCAGGGGGGCUGCACACCGUAGGGGACAGUGGUGCCUUCCAUCUUGGGGCCGCAUUCCUCAAAAUAUGGCACCAGAAGUCUAAAGAAGUUCACAUCAUUUCUUCUCAGAAAGAGCACCAUGGACACAUCUUCAAGGACAUGGGCUUCACCGUUCACGAGCACUGCUUCUGGAACGCCAGCCAGCUGUGCAUGGACCCCAGCUUGAUCUUCAGUGCGGUGGAGGAGGCCCCUCAGGACUGUAUCUGUGUGCUUGGGAACUUCGGCAGUUUAACGAUGACCAAGACUCAGUGGCUGCAGUUCAUGUCCAUCCUGAAAAGCAAGAACAUCUUCCCCUUUUUUGACAUUCCCUCCCAAGGCUUCUUCAGUGGUGACCUGGAAGAGGAUACUAGAUUUUUACAAUACUUUGUGCGUCAUCGCUUUGAGUUUUUCUGCAGCCAGUUCCUGUCCAGGAAUUUUGGCAUUUAUGACGAAGGCGUAGGGGUCCUGGUCGCAGUGACAGUCAGCAACGAAGCCUUGCUGUGUGUCCUCUCCCAAAUGAUGAGCCUCGCCCGGGCCUUGUGGCUGAAUCCGCCCAACACAGGCGCCCGCAUCAUCACCUCCAUCCUCAGCAACUCCGCUCUGCGUGGAGAAUGGAAACAGAGUCUGAGUGAGAUGGUGGAGAACAUCAUACUGGUCAAGGAAAAAGUGAAGGAGAAGCUGCGGCUCCUGGGCACCCCUGGGGUCUGGGAUCACAUCACGGACCAGAAGGGAAGCCAUUGUUACCUGGGGCUCAACGACCAACAGCUGGAUUAUUUGAUCAAAAAGAAGCACAUCUACGUUUCCAAGAACGGUCGCAUUAAUUUGACCUGUGUCAAUGCUAGCAACAUUGAUUACAUCGUGGAGAGCAUCAAUGAGGCUGUCGUGCUCAUAAGGAACUCAGAGCAAAUGUCUUCAGAAAGUACUCAUUACUGGUUGGAAUAA